AUGAUUGCCGGCCUCCUCCUCGUCGCCUCUGCCUUCGGCGCCGUCCUGGACGUCACCUCGAGCUUCAAGGCCGAGCUCGCGAAGGGCAAGCCGAUGAUGGUCAAGUUCUUCGCGCCCUGGUGCGGCCACUGCAAGGCCCUCGCCCCCACCUACGUGGAGCUUGGGGACAAUGCCCCCGAGGGCGUGGUCAUCGCCGAGGUCGACUGCACUGUUGCCCGUGAGGUCUGCCAGGAGGAGGGUGUCCGUGGAUACCCGACUCUACGCUUCUACAAAAAUGGCGAGUUCCUCGAGGCUUACUCCGGUGCCCGCGACCUUGAGAGCCUUAAGGCUUUUGUGACUUCUAAGAAGUAA